GGUCAAAAUAAGUAAAGGGGGCUAGAUGUAAUUGUUCUAUAGUGUAGGGGGUUAGUGGUUAGUAAGUAGCUAUAUAGUGUGUGUGUUGUAACAGAUUGGGGUAUUGUUGAAUUGAAUGAAUCUUCUUCUUAGUUUCUCUCUCUAUUCUCUCUCUAAACAUCUGCACGUAUCAAUGGUAUCAGAGCUAUCCUUCCUCUUGACCUGGGGUUAGGCCAACAAAAGGAUUUCAAUCGUUGGCAACAAAUCAAAGAAGAAAGUGACAAUUUGGGCAACAAGAACAAUCAAGAUAUACAACAGCGAUUAAAAGAGGCGUUCGGCAUCAAAAUUAGGGCAACACACGGGUUUUUUCAUUAAGCAAAAUCAAGAGCGACGAAUUCACCGAAGCAACAACAAAUCAAGAAAUCGGGAAUCGUCAUGAACUCAGCUAUGGAAGAAUUCAUGUCCCUAGUGCAAGAAGGUACAGUCAACGAUUAUUGUGAGGCAUUUGAGACCUUGCUUAGCAAGAUCAAAAUUCCUGAAGAUUUUUCUGAAGACUAUGUCGUAUAUCUUUUUAUUACUGGUCUGAAACCCGGAAUCAGUGAAGUUCUCAAGCCACAUCACAAUAAUGGCAGAAGUUUAAAAUUGAAGAAUGCAUUCUUUAGGGCCGAGAUGCAAGAAAUGAUUCUGAAAUUGGAUUCAAUUGAGUGGAAUCAACACAAGACAACAAAUACAGGAGCGGCGACAAUGGAUACGAACCAGUCUUAUGAAAUUGGAAUUUCAGAUUCUGAUGAAAGUGAAGAUAUAAAUGUGGAUGAAAUUUCAUCAGCAAAUUCAAGAUUUGAUGAUUCAUCGGAAACAAUUGAGGUAAAUAAUUCCAUUCUUCAACGGAAAGAUAGCCGUAUGGUCAUUUUGGGUAUUGAAAACGAUGAUAAUGUCACAAAAUCUGAUAAUGAAAAUGAUGAUAUAAAUGAUCAUGUUCAUAUUGAUCAUUUUAAUGACACUAUUGAAUAUGAUCUACAUAAGAGUGACACUUUCGGUGGGAAUAAGAGUUUUAGAACUGACAUGUGGAAUCAAGAAAUAAGGAAAAAGAAAUUGGUUUCAUUACUUUUUCCUGAUACAACAGUCAUUAAUCUAGUGAAAAGGAAGUUUAAGUCAAACAUAGUUUAUGAAAGGGUGAAAUUGAGUCUCUUUUUUGGCCAUCAUGUUAAAGUUGGGAACUAUGUUAAAGUCUUGGGUUCAACAUUAGUAUUUGGUCCUUGGAAUAAGGAGAAACAAAUAAAAUGGGAAGAUACCGGUUGGGUCAGUAAUCUAGAGUGUAGAGGUAUUCUUAUUAUGGAGAUUGUUAUACAAUUAACAAACGAAAACAAGGUAUGGGAAGUUGGUUUAGUUGCUAUUAAACCAAUAACACAUUUAUCUUUAGGGGCAAAUGAUGGUGUUGAAUUGUACCAAAAGGUCCUAGAGAGUUGGAAUGGUUUUAAGACAUCAACACAUCAUUAUUUGGUUCUGAAUUUUGAGCUAACAUCAACAUCUUUGUCUAUGCUGGAACAAUCACUAUCAAGGGAAGUAAUAGCUGGACAUGAAGCGUAUGAUCUUUUUAUUGCUAUUGCAGAAUUUAUUUGUGAAUUCAUACCCAAUCUUUGGUUAGACAAAAUUAUGGUGUGGGUGCUGGGUUCUUUGUUUUUGCUUUCAUCUGCCAAGGUACCAAUACCUGAUGCAAGGGCUGUCAUAGUUAGAGGUUUCAGUGGUCACUAUCAUUCUGUAACUCAAGGGGCAAUUCAAGAAGCAAAUUAUAAAGUUACACCUUGUUCUUUGAGAAAGGUCCAAUUGAAUAUUGGAAUUCUAGGGGAAACUAUAAGAAAUCAAAAUGAUGUGAAGAUUAGUAUAAGUGGAUGCAGAGUGAUAUACCACUGUUUGAAAUACACAUCAUUUUAUUUUGAUGAAUUUCUAGAGGGGGUCAUGGGAUAUGUAAUAAAGGAUCUACAUUUAUGGACGAUCUCUAUACAACAUCCUUGGCUUAUGAAUGGCACUUUUAUGCUUCACGGUGAAAAAGAACAAUUUAUGGGGUCUUAUUUCUUAUGUGGACUUUUGAGGACAAAAGUCUUUGAUGGGGAAAGGCUUAGCAUAAGAGGUGGAGAUGUAGUUGGGCAUGUUAUGGUGACAAUAAUUGGCUGCUAUGGAACAUGGCUUAGUCAACAUAGUGACAAUUCAACAAAAGAUUUUGAUCCUUUGACAGCAAAACAUGAAGUUGAGCAGGGGUUCGGUGGUCAAGAUUUUUCUUUUGUUUCUGACACUUUUGAUUAAUGGGUUUGGUUUUGUUAUUUUGACUUUUGAGGUCAAAAGUCUUAUAAGAGGAAAGUAUUGUUACGGGUCAAAAUAAGUAAAGGGGGCUAGAUGUAAUUGUUCUAUAGUGUAGGGGGUUAGUGGUUAGUGAGUAGCUAUAUAGUGUGUGUGUUGUAACAGACUGGGGUAUUGUUGAAUUGAAUGAAUCUUCUUCUUAGUUUCUCUCUCUA